GAGAGAGAGAGAGAGAGAGAGAGUCAUUAGCUGUGGCUGCACGUUGCACUCUGCAGCACUUGCGCACGCCUUUUACGCUCCGCUCACCUCGGCGGGCGGUGCGCGUAGUAAAGCCUCUCCACGCCGCCGCCGCCGCCGCCGCUCCGUCACCAGUCUGCCGGACUGCCGGUGGUCUGAGGGCCGUCGCUGAGGCUCCACCGACAAAACAUAUUGAACAUCACUCCCCCCCUCCUCCUCUUCCUCCUCUUCCUCCUCCUCCUCCUCCUCCUCCCCAUCCUCCUCCUCCUCAUCAUCAUCUGGCUGUUGUUGCUGCAGCGUCCAAGUUCAGGUGAGCCUCGUCGCCGGGCACAACAAGUCCUCUCUCUCUCUCUCUCUGUCUCUCUCUCCGGUACCAACCGGGAUGCUUUCUCCAUCCCGUUAAAUGGGAUGUUAUAAAUGGGCCGCGCAGGAUGUGAAGCCUCGCUAGAAGAAGCAGGAGGAUGGCUAAACCAGGCUUGUCUGCGGCGGUGCUGCUGCUCCUGCUGGGCUUCCUGUCGGUGUCCUCAGUUAAUGCCGACGCCCUGCUGUCAGCUCCGCUCAAUGUGACCAUCAGAGAGAUUGAGGUCAACUCCGCCGUGGUCACGUGGGAAAUCUUGGAGGGGGACCCCGUUAUUGGAUUCGCCAUCACCCAGCAGAAGAAGGAUGUACGCAUGCUGAGGUUCAUCCAGGAGGUGAACACCACCACGCGCUCCUGUGCAUUGUGGGAUCUGGAUGAGGACACUGAGUACAUCGUUCACGUUCAGAGCAUCAGCAUGGGAGGCAGCAGCCCCCCCAGUGAGCCAGUCCUCUUCAGAACUCCCAAAGAGUCGGAGAAGAUGGCGUCCAAAAGUCCAGAUGAGGUGACUAUGGAGGAGGUUGGUCAGGCUGCCCAGCUGAGGGCUGGAGAACUCAUCAUCAUUGUAGUGGUGCUCAUCAUGUGGGCAGGGGUGAUUGCCCUGUUUUGUCGUCAGUAUGACAUCAUCAAAGACAAUGAGCCCAACAACAACAAGGACAAAGCCAAGAACUCCUCAGAGUGCAGUACUCCAGAGCACCCACAGGGGGGGCUACUGCGCAGCAACGUCUAAGACCAGCCCUGCAUAGCCUUGUGCAAUAACCAACUCCUCGAACCUCAGGACAGACCCUGAGACCAACAGAAAGCCAUUCUCAGACACCCUCGUAUUGAGGAAUACCGAUAAACCAUAGCAGAAACUCUUCUCUACGCGAUGACGAACUCUUCAAAAAUGAUGGACAAAUCUGAACUUGCAGAAAGGUUGUAAACGUUCAAACGGGACACAGAAGAGGACUGAACUACGUUCACUUUUGUUGUGACCAAAACUGGACUGCAGCCUACUUUGAGUCGACAUCCAAUAUACUGUAGACAUAAAAUGGCUGUCAGUCAAAGCGCCGGAGGGGACGUCAUUUCUUUUCCACAAGAACGGCUCGUUUUGGGUAUUCUUCAUCAGUGGUAUCGAAUACCAGGAGCGGAUCAUCAAACAUGAAUAUCUGAGUGUUUUUUUUUUUUUUUUCCACUUCAGGUUUGUAUCACUGGUCAGAGAUGGCAGACAUGUAGGUUGGCUCGCAAGAAUAGCUGGUCCUUCAGGUCCAGGUAUCAGUCAGCAUACAACUAAACAAGCUAAGCUCUGUUUUAAAUCAAGGACUUUCUCUUUUUCUAUCUCUCCAUCCACAUUCCCUCCUUUCUGUCUUUAUUACAGCCCUUUGUGUAGCAGCUCAUCCCUCUCCCUGUCCUCCUGUGUCGGUGUCUCUCUAAUAAUGACAUUGCUGUUUGUUGCUCCUCCUAUUGUGAUGUUUAAGCCCUCACAAUCCCAAUCUUGGGUAUGGUAUCAUUUUGUUAUUGGGUCAGAAAUAUAGCACAUUGAGUCUUGUCUCCUGCCUUUCUCUCUGUGUGUCAUCAGUUAAAUGAUGCAUCUCUCCUCUCCGAACUGUAACUUUAACGGCAGUUCGGGGAUAAAAUCAGACACUUUUGUUCCUUUUACAGCGCCCCAUAUUUUUCUUCUAUGAGUUAGAUGAAGCUGUCUGAACACAGCCAUGAUUCAGGCAAAGUUUAUGAAUUCAUCUUGUAAUCUCUCAGCUGUGUCUUCUCGCUGCAAGUCAAAAAUUUUACAACUUUGAAAUCCAGAAGUUAACUUCAGUGUCAAACUUUUAAAGGACUGACACGGCUAGGGGAAAAAAAAAAGACUGAUUUCAGUUCAAAUUGAGGUUUAUUGUUCAUCACUGCAUAUUCAGCACCAUAUGCUGCCUGUGGUCUGCAACAGGAUGUGCAGUGAAUAAGGAUGGAGAUAUGCUGGGCAUUAUUCCUAAUGAAAUGUAUACACUGGGCAAAGUUUGGCUGGGUUUCCUCUGUGGUUUGGCUUAAGACCAGCAGGGAUGUCAGGCUGUAGAAGUACACAGAUGAUUCACUGGCUAAACCCUGUUUUUCUUGUAAUGUGAACAAUUUUCUCUCAGUCCUCCUUUGAAACUGUCAUUAACGUGUUUCAUAAGUGAUAUAGGACUGUCAUGGAUAGAGGUCAAAAAAGCCAGGUGUAAAUUCACUAAAGAGUCACUGCAGAUUUGAUCGCCCCAUGUAGAACUUUAAAAUUCAAACUUACAUGAAUAUGUAAUGUACAUGCUGAUAGACUUAUGUCCCUCCAGUCGUUGUGUUCGUUGUCUGCAAAGAAAGCCGUCGUUAAACUAGGCCGAGUACAUUGCGCAGCAGUGUAUACAAAUGAAACCUUAAACGUGCAUGUGUGACCCUGUCUUCAAAGCAGUGUAGAAGUCCAACAGGCCAGUGAAUCAUUGAAAGUCCCCUUGUUUGGACUUUUGGACCAUCCCACUAAAGGGUUAACUAUAAUUCGUCAACCUGAUCCACAUGUACAGUAUGAUGCUUGCCGUCAUGUGGGACAGACAUUGGAAGCGUUUUAACCUGGAAGUAUCUUUACUUCUUUUUAGUUGUGCUGAAAUAAGUGAUAACUCAUUCAGUUAGUUUGAUGGAAAAGUACAGUCUUGGUCAUUACUUCAAUCGUUUAAGACGUUCAAAAAUUUGUUUGUUGAAAGUUUUGAAGUGGUUUUGGUUGGUAUUGGUCAGACAUCACGAGCAAUCCGAGUACAUUACGGUCAGAUAACUGGUUACAGGGGAAAUCAUCAAUUUAAGAUUGAUAUUUUAUAUUUACUUGUAGAAGAAAAGAGUUUCAUUAAAAGACCAGAUUCAAUGAAUUGAUCCUAGUUUAAUGCCAAGAAUCAUCUGAACCAAAGCCUGAAAUGUAGCUCAUUCCUCUGACUGACUCCCUUUAUUACAAUGAUACAUCUUGAGUCAAUCCCACAGCAUAAUGCUGCUGUAAAAAAACUUAGUGGUACACCAAAUAUGUAUUAAAACAAUCCAUAACAAAUGAACUAUUUACUCCUGUCCUAAAAACUACAGUGCCCAACUAAAAAAAUAACUGGUACAUACUUGUUAGUCGUUUACAGAUUUCAGGAACAAAUGGGCUUAGGGCUGAUUGGCACAAACAGGGUAGGAAAGUUGGAGAAAGUAUUGAGAGACCAACUAACACAUUGUUGGGUUUCCUCAUUUUUAUUGGAUUUGUUGCCAAAAACAAAAAUAUAGAACAACAGCAGCCUAAUCCUUAAACCCCAAAACAAAUGGACAAAUCAAUCAACGGAAAAAUCAUCAUCAUUACUUGCAGCCCUAGCACACUCGGACAUCUUAUUAUUAAAGGAGAAAUCAUAGCAUACAUAUUCAUAACCUUCCUACUUAUGUAGUUACCACUUCAUCAAGGGCUUUAUGUGAAGGACCAAAGGACUUCAGCAGAUUUAUCCAGCUAAAGAUAAAGCUUCAUUAUCUUCUUUGGUGCUUCGCGUUCAGUUAUGAUUUGCUACCCACAUAAUUGCAAAUAUAGUGGAACCCGAUUCCUGAAUACUGAUGCUUCGCUGUUGAGUUCACUAAAAAGUCAGACAGAAAAAAAGCUGCAAAGCUGAACUCAGCAGACUUGCAGCCAUAUUAGAGAUAAUGAGUGAAUGUCUGAAUGCUUCGCUGGUCGAGAUGACUGCUAAUCAUCACCACAUACACCCGCACACAAAUGCUCGAUUUAAAUACUGCCUCGCGUAUUUAAAUACUGCCCUGCGCUGAGAGAGACGGCCAUUAUUUUCUCAUCUCAAUCAACAGUUCUGCCGCCACAUCGAACCCUCGCCCUGCCAUACAUUUACACUUUAUCAGCUUCCCUCUUUGCUCCUCUAUCUCCUGCCACCCUCAUCCGCCUUCAUUUUCCCAUUUAUGACUUUCCCCAUUUCUAUCCCUUUGUCGCAGCGCUUUCUUUCUCAUAUAUCACACCACCCUUGCUCGUUUCUCCCCUUCACCGGUCUUGUCCUCACCCCCACCCAACCCGGCUUCCCUCUCCCCUGUUUCUCAUUAUAUCCACUCCACUAUCCCGUUAGCUUCCUUCUCCCUCUCCACAUCAGCUCUUCUCUCUGAUUCGGCCCCGGUUCAUUGCCUAUCCCUCACUCCUCUGCUCAUUUAUCACUUUUUUCGUCUCAGACCAGCCUGGAUGGACACUCUACCUGGUAAACAAGUGAGGCAAAAUAGACUAGAGGGAGGAGGAGAAUGAAAGAAUUAAUGCCAAGAGAUAAAUACUUUCAUACACUUAUUAAUAAGCGCAUAUAUGAUUGAGUUUCAUGCUCCAGAACAGGAUCUGUCAGAUCAAUAAGAAGAAUGCAUAAUUCAGUUCACUAUAGUUUGUGUGGUGUUGAAGCAGUAUGUAUAAGAACUGUAAAAAGAGUGAUUUAGCUUGUGGUGGUCUUUUAAUGCAAGCUGGUUUGUAGAGAGAGAGAAACCAUCUAACAUUGAGAGAUAAAGUACCUGCACAGAAACAAAGAGGAUCUGAAAAAGCAGAUUUUUGAAGCAUAUGGUACUUGAAGUGUUGACAGAAAUGGGGCAUUGUGGCCUGUCGAACACAGCAAAAUUAAAGAACAAGCACCUCCGCCAACGUAGGAUUUAAAUAUCAAACUGUUUCUGAAAGGAGCGUAGCUCGUAGCUGUCUUUGGUUUUUACAAAGGGAGUGUUAAGCUGGAGUCAUAGUGGUUGUUGUUGUUGUUGCUCUGCUGGACCAAAUGAAAUCAGGGAAAGACUCGAGCUAAAUUUGGUAUUUUUAAACCGUACCCAAGUUUCCUUUAGGCUGUAAUGUGUUUAGUCUCUUUCUGUCAAGGACAGGACAAGUACCAGGUUUUGUGUAGAUGUUGGCAUGAAAGCACUCAUUAAUGGUUACACAAGUGCAACUUUAUGAAUGUUUUCCAGGAGUGACUGUAUGAAAAUGUGCACCAUCAUCCCCGUAUUUAAACGAUAUUGCUUGUAUCUUCUCCCCUCUGUCAAUGACAUCCAGCUUUUCACUCUGUCUCAGAGUGUAGCCCUUCGUAAUAACACUUUCCGACAAAUUGGACAACAUGUACAGACGUUCUUCUGAUCCGAGUGUAGCCUUGCCCUUAAUCUAACUUUUGAUUUUUAAAGGAACCGUUCUCAAAUUUAAUAAAUGUGCUUUUUGUUGCCAUCAACUCCAGUCAGCUGUGAAAGAAGUUUACCUUUGCUUCCAAUCUUCGUGCAAAGCUAGGCUGGCCUGGUUCCAGACCUGUUGACCAAUUAGAAUAGUCGACCUAGAUGCUAAUUGCCUUGUAGGCAGGAUUAAAAAUAGGGAUCUCAUCUUUCUACAAAGCUUAAUAGCUACCUA